AUGCGCGAUCUUUCCGUCCAAACUUCAUUGGGAACCCAAGGUCAAGGCAACUCAAAUGUACCACAGACGCCAGCACAGCAAGUUCUGAUCAGUCCUGCAGAUCGAUGGGGACUCCUAGGACUGUUGGCGGUCAUAAGAAGUGCGGACCCAGAUACAGCGUUGCUGGGCAUGGGGACAGAUCUUGGUGCUGUCGGAUUGGACAUGGGGAACCUGGACAACUUGUAUUCAGCUCUUAUUACACCAUGGUCUGACGCUAGCGCGGCCUUGGCGGUUGAACCCGACUUCCAUGUCCCUGCUUGCUAUAAUGUUCAACCCACGCUCCCGGGCCCAACGAAGGCAGCCUCUUUCAGCGACGAAACUCUCUUCUGGAUGUUUUACUCGUCGCCUAGGGAUGUGCUGCAGGAGGUCGCGGCGCAGGAAUUGUAUAAUCGUAACUGGCGUUUCCACAAGGAUAAUCGGUUAUGGCUGACCAAGGAAAGUGGGACAGCCCCUUCGGUGAAGACGGCCACUUACGAACGCGGAAUAUACACCUUCUUUGAUCCGGAGAAUUGGGAACGAGUGAAGAAAGAUUCUGUGAUUGUGUAUGAUCUGUUAGAGGAGAAGAUUCCGAUGGGAGGUGUGUUGGGAGGUGUCCCUGUUGGUGGUCCACAGCAACAAGGGCCACCACCACCACCACCAGGGAUGAAUGUCCUCGGACCUGGAGCGGGGCCUAAUCAAACCCAGCCCCAGCUGCCCCAGCAACAGCAGCAGCAUCCGACGCAGCACCAGCUUCAUCAACAACAGCUGGUUGAUGCGCGUCAUCGCCAUAGCGAACUCCAGGGCAUGCAGAACCCGCGUUAUCCUGGGGUGGGGACACCAGGGCUGGGAUUAUAG